GUUAAAACGGCUUAGUAUAUACAGUGGAAAAAAAGUCUACACCGCUGCAAUUUACGGCAGUCAAUCCCUAGCCUCUAAAGCUCCCGCCGUGGAACCACCCAACCACCUCCGUCCGCCGUCGAGCACCUCAAUCCGUCCACUGCACAUGAGUAUGUAAUGCUUUUCGGGGAACAUACACAUUAAUUAUUGUUGUCGUGGAAAUUUUCUUUACGCUUUUGGGUAAGUCUUUUGGUAAAUUACCGAUUCGGUUUGAAAGCGUUGAUAUUGAUUUCAUCGGAAUUUACUGAGUGAAGUGUGAAGCAGAGUAGGCCAAAACCAAAUAGAAAGGAGGAAAGGUUCUGCAUCAAAUCUGUGGAAGAAUGAGCGGCGGUCGACUUUGCACAUUGUUGGGAGAAUUGGGGUACGAAGGAUGGGAAGCAUUGGACCCUGAUAGCUUCGAAUGGCCGUUUCAGUAUGAAGAUACUCGCCCCCUUCUCAACUGGAUCUGCUCCAAUCUCCGUACUUCCAAUGUCCUUUCCCUAUCGGAGCUUUCCCAGUACGAGCAGUUCAAGCAAGAAGGGAAGCUGUUAGAGGGUGAGGAUUUGGACUUUGCUUACCACAGCAUUUCGGCCUUCUCUGAAAGGAGAGACAAUCAGGAGGCAGUUUUCGGUGCUGAGGAGGGGUUGAAAGAUAUCAAAGAGGCAACUCUGGUGUAUAGAGAGGAGGCUCUGGCCUUGCAGAGGCAGCUGAGGCAUCUACAAUCUCAGUUUGACAUGCUUUCGGGGCAGGGCUCAGCCUUGACACAAGGAAGACGACCACGCCUUGCUGCAACUUCUAUUGUUAAAGGACACCUUUCUAAUAUUGACGAUAGCCUUUCUGUCCGAAACUUACAGAUGAAUGCGGUUCUCGAAAGAAUUGCUUCCACAGGGCAUGAGUUGGCACAUUAUCAUUCAGGAGAUGAAGAUGGCAUAUAUUUGGCAUACUCAGACUUCAACCAAUUCUUGCUUGGAGACUCAUCAUGUCUAAAAGAGCUAAAUCAGUGGUUUGCUAAGCAACUGGACACAGGUCCAUUUCGACUUGUUGCUGAGGAGGGGAAAUCUAAAUGCUCUUGGGUGAAUCUUGAUGAGAUCUCAAAUAGCUAUGUUAGAGCAGAUUUGGAAAAAUCACAUCAUCAACGUGUAUCUGAGUUACGCCGGCUUCGCUCAAUAUUUGGAGUAAGUGAAAAACAAUGGGUUGAAGCACAGGUCAAGAAUGCCAAGCAGCAGGCCAUUUUAAUGACGCUUAAAUCACAAGUAUCAUCAGAUGAGGCUCAUAUUCAUCUUGAUCUUCAUUCUCUUAGGAGAAAGCAUUCUGAAUUGAAAGGAGAACUUUCAAAUCUUUAUAACCAUGAAGAGAAGCUGCUAUCAGAGACUAUUUCAGAUUUGUGCUGGGAGCUAGCUCAACUCCAAGAUACGUACAUUUUACAAGGUGAUUAUGAUUUGAAGGUCAUGCGACAAGAGUACUACAUUAAUAGGCAGAAAGCAUUCAUAAACCAUCUCAUCAAUCUCCUUGCCAGGCAUCAGUUCUUAAAGAUAGCCUGCCAAUUGGAAAAGAAGCACAUGCUUGGAGCAUUUUCGUUGCUCAAGGUUAUUGAGUCUGAGCUUCAAGCAUACUUGUCUGCAACUGAGGGACGGGUGGGUCAUUGCUUGGCCCUGAUCCAAGCUGCCUCUGAUGUUCAAGAACAAGGAGGAGUACAUGACAGUGAUCAUUUUUUGCAUGCUAUCAGAGACCUGCUAAAAAUAUAUUCAAAUACACAAGCUUCACUGUCGACAUAUGUAUCAGCUCCUGGCAUUGUCAAGCAGAUAUCAGCUCUUCAUUCGGAUUUGACGAGCCUUCAGUCCGACCUUGAGAAUUCUCUUCCCGAAGAUAGAAAUAGGUGUAUUAAUGAACUGUGCAACCUUAUUCAAAGCCUGCAGCAACUGCUCUUUGCAUCUUCAACCACAGCACAACCAAUACUGACCCCUCGGCCAUUAAUGAAAGAGCUUGAUGAAAUGGAAAAGAUUAACGCAAAGCUGUCUGCUGCGGUUGAAGAGGUGACACACGAGCAUGUCAAGAAGAAUGAGAUUGUAAAACAUCAUUCACAAGAAAUUGGACUUCAAAGACGAGUCUUUGUUGAUUUCUUCUGCAAUCCUGAGCGAUUAAGAAGCCAAGUCAGGGAACUGACUGCUCGGGUCAGAGCCUUGCAAAUUUCAUAGCAAUCCAAAUUGAUUUGACUUCCUAUGCCUGCGAACCUGUGGUUGAAUCCUAGUAAGGAGCGUUGGCUCAAGCAAUAUUCUUUCCUUUCUUUUCUUAGUUGAUUUGAAAAGGAUGGAAUCAAAUACUUCUUUUAUUCUGGUAGUGUAGAUAUUUAUUAGUGUAUGUUGUAUCAUCUCUCCCUAUGAAAUUGGAAUUGUUGUGCUUUACAUGUGCAAAUUAGCAAGUACAUUACAUAUAUAUGUAGAUAAAAAACUGUGAUUAAAGAAUUGGCAUGCUCUGCUUGACUGAGUAAUUGAUGAAUUACUUCUCAACCUAAA